AACAUGCGAACCUUUCAACCCGGAUGUAGUACCGUCUUCCUUUCUUGGUCGGACUGCUCAGAGAAGCACACAUAGCAAUGGCUCCUCGCAAGGGAAAGGAGAAGAAGGAAGAGCAGGUAAUCAGCCUGGGCCCGCAGGUCGCCGAGGGCGAGAACGUCUUUGGAGUGUGCCACAUCUUCGCCUCCUUCAAUGACACCUUCGUCCACGUUACCGAUCUCUCUGGCAAGGAGACCAUUUGCCGCGUCACUGGUGGGAUGAAGGUGAAGGCGGACAGAGACGAGUCCUCCCCCUACGCCGCUAUGCUUGCUGCUCAAGAUGUGGCUCAAAGGUGCAAGGAGCUUGGCAUCACUGCCCUGCAUAUCAAACUGAGAGCCACUGGGGGAAACAGAACCAAGACUCCAGGUCCAGGUGCACAGUCUGCACUUAGGGCCUUGGCUCGUUCCGGUAUGAAGAUUGGCCGCAUUGAGGAUGUCACCCCCAUUCCAUCAGACAGCACCCGCAGAAAGGGUGGUCGCCGUGGCCGUCGUCUGUGAAAUGUGUAUAUUUCCAAGGUCACCAAAAUAAAGUGUUGUAAUACACA